AUGCAGAGUACUCAAUUAAAUGGAAUUUCUGUGUCUGAUGUUACGGGCUCUCGAAUAUCUUCAGAAAAUUCAGAAUGUAGUGCUAAUGUGAAUGAUUCCAAAGCACUUCGUAGGCAAGUAGAAGAUUUAACAGAGACAAUCGCUAAUUUAAAAAACACCAUUUACGUGAAAGAUAUUCAAUUAGAGAACAUGCGUAAAGACGGUGAAAGAUCAUCAGCAGAAUUGAAGAAGCAACAGAGAUGUAAUAGAAAUCUUAAACAACAGUUGGACGAUGAGAGAUAUUUUUAUCAAAGAGAGAAAGAUUACUUUUGCGAGGAAAUGCAACGUUACAAAAACAAAUUUAUUGGAAAUGGAUCGAAAUUACAAGAACAGAGAUGGAAAGAUUUGGAAGAUGCGAGAGAUUCGUUGAAUGAGGAAAAUAAACAACUUCGUGAAGAAUUAGCUGAGAAAAGCGAGAUUACGUACAAUUUGUGUAUUAAAUUUUUACGUAUGAAACAUGCCAAAGAUACUCUUAGACAUAGAUUCGAUCAGUUGCAUCGUGAACAUUUAAGAAUUAUGGAAGAAAUGAUGGAAAAACUUGACGAAGCUAGAGAAGAGUUAAAUGUUAUCGUAUCGGAAAAGUUUCAAGAACCAUUGCCAAUUAACAAGGCUAAAUUUUUGCAAGUCAUCCAAAGAAAUACUCGAUUGGUUUAUGAAAAUGCGACUUUGCGAGUACAGAUUCAACAUUUAACACAAAGUUUAAAUAAAUUAAAGAAUUAUACGGAGAAACCUAAAGGGAUUAAAGUUGAUGCUCGUAUUAUAGCAAAACUUGCAACUCAAAGUCGUAGAAGACAAGAUUCCGAUAUUAUAAGAAAAAGUUUUGCGACGUAAGCUUAAUUACAUUUUUGUUAAAAAUUAAUUUCCAAUAAUUAAAUUUAUUCAUUUAUAUUAUGCAAAUGUUUUAGAUCUUACGUUACACAACCAGUCAAAAUAUCUACCAGUAAUUCGAGUACGAAUAAUAGUAAAUCAAUUGAUGAUAAAUCGUUAAAUCGAAAAGUAAAUUCAAAGAUUCGAAUCAAAUCUCAUAAUAAAAAUAAAUGUGUAACCGUAAAAGAAGAGUCUGGAGAAUCAGAUUCGAUUAAAUCUAAAAUCGAAAGUACAGAAGAAAGUCGAAAAAAUAAUAUUGAUCAAAACGAUCGCACUUCUCCGAUUAGCACAAAUAGUAUAACAGAAAAUUUGCAUAAAUAUAUUGAAGUACGUGAUAUGUGUACAAAUACGUGACAUAAGUAUUUCAAAUUACGUA